AUGUUUAAAACUUCUCUGUAGUCACUUUCUGCUAAGCUCAGCAUCAGCCAGAGGGAAGUAAAAAUUCAAGAAGGACCUCUGUACAGAGCCAAAGGUUAUCCUGUCAGCAUCAGUUGCAACGUAAGUGGUCAUCAGGGUCCUUCCACACAGGAUUUCCAGUGGUCUAUUUACCUGCCAAGCACCCCGACCAAGGAAGUCCAGAUCAUCAGUACCAAGGAUGCCGGCUUCUCUUACGCAAUGUAUGCCAGGAGGGUGCAAAGCAAGGAGAUCUACAUAGAGAGGCUGCAGGGCGACUCGGUCCUGCUGCAUUUCUCAAAACUCCAGAUGAAGGAUGCUGGCGAGUACGAGUGCCACACACCCAACACGGAUGGGAAGUACUUUGGAAGUUACAGUGCGAGGACAAAUCUAACUGUGAUUCCCGACACGCUGUCUGCCACCAUGCCCUCCCAGACGCUCAGUAAGAAGGAAGGCGAGCCAUUAGAACUCACCUGCGAGGCAACCACAGCCACGGUUCAACAUACCCAUCUCUCUCUCACCUGGUACCUGAUGCAGGAAGGAGGAGGGAGCCAAGCCACUGAGAUCAUUUCCCUCUCAAGGGAUUUUGUAUUGACCCCUGGGUCCUCCUAUGCAGACAGGUUUGUGGCCGGCGAUAUCCGGCUAAACAAACUUGGAGCCACUCUCUUCAAGCUGUCCGUGGGUAGGCUCCAGCCCUCAGAUCAAGGCCAAGUGUUCUGUGAGGCCACAGAAUGGAUUCAGGAUCCAGAUGAAACAUGGACUUUGAUCACAAGAAAGAAGACAGAUCAAACAGCUCUGAGGAUCCAGCCAGCAGCAAGAGAUUUUGAAGUGAGCAUCACGGCCAGUACCUCGCCUGGUGAAGGAAAACCCUUGGAAUUGGUUUGUCUGGUUGUCGGCAGAGAUGGUGACCCACAGCUUCAGGGCACUUGGUUCCUCAAUGGGAAGGAAAUUGCCCAGAUUGAUGCUGGUGGAGUCCUGAACCUGAAGAGAGACUACAGAGACAGAGCAAGCCAAGGACAGCUACAGGUUUCAAAGUUAAGUGCCCAGACUUUCUCUCUCAAGAUCUUCUCCAUGGGUCCAGAGGACAUAGGUGCCUACGGCUGUGAAGUGGCAGAGCUGGUAAGGACUCAGCCGGGCUCCUGGCAGGUACUUCAGAGAAAGCAUUCACCAGGCUACCAGGUGCAGCUGAGGGAGCCAGCAGCAAGAAGUGUGGCCGUGUCCGCCGAGCAGUGUGCCGUGUGGGAAGGAGAGACGCUUACCCUCCUCUGCACAGCAGCUGGAGAUGCAAGUGCUCUGUCUGUGAGUUGGUGGCUCACCCCACAGGACCAGACCACACCUGUGUUUGUGGCUGGCAUGGGGCAAGAUGGUACUGUGCAGCUGGGAGUCUCUUCUCCGGGCCCUGGGUACCAUGGUAACAGGAGGUUGGAGAAAGUGGACUGGGCCACCGUUCGGCUGGAAAUUGCUUCUGCCAUGGUCACAGACAGCGGUGCCUAUGAAUGCAGAGUGUCAGAGAGACCCCAGAACCAGGCCAAAGAUCUGCAAUCAACCCAGAAGAUUUCAGUCACUGUAAAACCUCUAAAAUCAAGUUUACGAGUUAAUCUGAUGAGCCGUCAGCCACAAGUGAUGUUAGCCCAUACCUUCGACCUGUCCUGCAUAGUAAGGGCCAACUACUCGGACCUCAAGCUGCCAUUCUCGGUAACGUGGCAGUUCCAGCCAGCUGGCUCUGGAGCCUUUCAUCAGCUUGUUCGGAUCGCCCACAAUGGCACAGUUGAAUGGGGGGACAUCUUCUCCCAGCUCCACAGGAAGACGAAGGUGUCACAGUCUUUCUUUCAUUCUCAACUCCAAAUCCACGAUGCUGCCAUGGAGGAAACAGGGGUGUAUCAGUGUAAAGUGGAGAUUUAUGACAGAAAUUCCAUGUGCACAAGAGGUCCAGCCAGGGUAUCUGCCACCUCUAACCUAGUAAUGAUUAGUGUCACCUUUCCAGAGAGCAAACUGAGAGUGAACUCAAGCAGUUGGGUCCAAGAGCUAUCCAUCGGCUCCAGUACUCAAAUAGAAUGUGCCAUCUUGUCCCGAUCUGCUGGAACCCUUCCGUUAUCCAUCAUCUGGUACUUCUCUUCCAUUUCUGCAAAUGCAUCCUAUCUGAAAAUCCUAGAAAUGGACCAAACCAAUGUUGUAAAAUAUGGGGAUGAAUUUCAAACCCCUCGGAGCAAGCAAAAAUUUUAUUCUGAGAAAGUUUCUCAAGACUUAUUUCUGCUGAACAUUCUGAGCGUGGAGGACAGUGACCAGGGCCACUACCACUGUGCCAUAGAAGAAUGGCUCUUGUCCACAAAUGGAAGUUGGCAAAAGCUUGAAAGAAAGACUUCAGGACUCACAGAAUUGAAACUCAGACCCACAGGAAGUCGGGUCCAUGUCUCCAAAGUGAGCUGGACAGGAAACGCUACCGAGUAUGGAGAGGCGGGCUUCAGCUGCAGCCUAGACAGCUCAGGCAGCACAGCCUCACUGUACUCUGUGACAUGGUACCAGAGCAGAGGAAUCAUAGCCACUGCUGCCACCGGGAGUCAAAUGCUGGUGCACCUGCAGUAUGAUGGCUUGCUGCAAUAUGGCCAAGAAGGGAGUAGGAGGCUCCUGCACUGCUACCGAUCCUCUCCCACAGACUUCAUCCUGAAGCUGCAUCGGGUGGAAAUGGAGGAUGCUGGGAUGUAUUGGUGCAGGGUGGCUGAGUGGCAGCAACAUGGCCACCGAGGCAAGUGGAUCAACCAAGCCUCAGAUGAGUCACAACGAAUGGUGCUCAGGGUACUGCACUCAGAGCCCACGUUCUCUUCCCGGAUCUGCUCCUCGGGACCCUUACUCCACUUCCUCAUCGUCUGCCCCUUCAUCAUGCUGCUCCUUCUGUUCACAUCCUUCUUCUGCUUGUACUGGAAGGCCAGGAAGCUGUCACAGCUAAGUCUCAGUGCAAAGAAAGAAAAGGCUCUCUGGGUGGGCAUGAGAAGGACAUCACUUCGAAAGGAUGCAGCAGAGGAGGGUGAAGGCUACUGA